GGACUCCUAAGGUACUUAGUGCUAAGCCAAGAAAGCCUAGUCGUUUUUUAAAUGAAUUAACAACUAAUAACGAUAAGGAGGCAAGUAUUAAUGAUGUUGAUAAUGAAAACUUAAUGUUAGUUGAUGAUGAAACAGAGUUAUUAAUAGCAGCAGACCCGGAGCAAGUUGAAGUUGAAAGAAUUGAUGAAAUCGAUGAUGUUGAUAUCGAAGAAACCAACGAAGCCUCUCUAAUUAAUGCUACAAAUGCAGAAGUAUCAGUUUUAAGUCCAUUGCCACCAUCGGUUCAGAAACGAAGAACUGCAGCAAUUAGAAGCCGUAGACGUAAUUCUAACAAACGACAGAGUAAUAAAAUCGUCAACUCAUCUUCAUCUAAAGUUACUAUACGACGUGAACUUGAAAACCUUUUUUCGGAAAAACAAGCUGAUUGGAAAAGACGGGAUUUUGUAAAAGCCUGUAUUGAGAAAAAUAUCUAUUUAGAUAAUAAUGUAGAAUUGAAUACGAAAAGGUUGUUUACAUGGUUCGAUGGAAGAAAAAAUAAGAUAAAGCAAAUGGCUAGCUU